AUGAACGUUACGUCUAUGCUCAGUGGAAGACAGAAUGGAGGUUCAAAUGGCUCUGCGAUGGGUACUGAUUCGAGCAAACACAAAUCCUCAUCAAUUGUGCUGUCUCUUACAGUUCCGUCUAUAGACGUGGCGAAUACGCAGAGAGCCCAGAUCGAUCCUCAUUAUAAACACCACUUUGAAACGAAGAUAUCAGCCAUCACCGCUUUGGAUAACUAUCAAAUGGAUGACCAUCGCUUACGUAUAAUGAAAUUUGAUGAAGUGAAACUACUGAACAUCAUUUUGAGGCAAGCUGACAUUACCAAUAACUAUGUUGAGCGAGUGGUUGCAGAGGACAUCAGUCUGCGUAACAACAAAAUUUCUGACACGAACAAGAAUAAGGAAUUGCAUUAUCUUGAUGCUACCAGACCUCUUCAUCAUAAUACCAUUAGAGGCAAAGAGUAUAGAUGGGGUACCACAAGAGAACUAAACCGAGUGGAACUGAAAUCUCGCAAGAGACGACCUAAUAUAGCCGCUCUGGCAACUUGUACCGGUGGUACGGGAGCAGCAGCAGCUGCUGCUGCUGCAGUAGCUGCUGGUUUCGCCACACUGCCUACCAGACAAAACAAGAGAAAUCGUACACGUGAGGUAUCGUCUUUUCAGGUCAGUCCCAAUUCCAGAGAAAAGCGACGGAAAAUGCUGCCCGAAUACGGAAUCGAAGAUACAGAAGAAUUGGAAAAUGAUGAAAUCGAUGUUGAUGAUGCGACGAAAGAGCAAAAAAAGGUCACAAAACACUACGACUCUGUGUACAUCAGCAUAUGGAAGGAUAUGCUGCGAAAGUAUGCUCCUAAGGUACUGAGACUAAUGUCACAAUCAACGCAAGCUCGUAUGAUAAACUUAAAGAAAACUGCGAUUUUAGCCGCCAGAGAAGCUAAAAGAUGGCAAUUACGAAAUAACAAGAAUCAGAAAGAUUUGACUACUAAGGCCCGUAGGGCCAUGCGUGAAAUGUUUAACUUUUGGAAACGAAAUGAGCGAGUUGAGCGAGAUCUCAAAAAGAAGCACGAGAAAGACUUGUUAGACAAAGCCAAGAGAGAAGAAGAGGAACGGGAAGCCAAAAGACAGCUGAGAAAGCUCAAUUUCCUUAUAACGCAAACGGAGUUGUAUUCGCAUUUCAUUGGCAAAAAGAUCAAGACCGCCGAACUUGAAGGAGCUGAUGCAGAUCCAUCAAUAAUACAAUCUUCGAAUGACAGUGUGGCAGACCUCGACGCUCUUAAGGGGUCAAAACGUACCGACGUUUCACAAUUGAAUUUUGAGACCGCUGAUGACGAAGACCUCCGCAAUUUAGCAAUGGCAAAUGCCGCACAAGCUUUCGAACUGAAUCAAAAUCGGGCGAAAGAAUUCGAAGAUGGCUUUACCAAUCCCGAUACUAAUGGAGAGGAAAUGAAUUUCCAGAACCCUCAAUUGAUGGGCGAUUUAUCAAUUAAGCAACCCGAAAUGCUCAAGUGCACACUCAAAGAAUAUCAGAUUAAGGGUCUCAACUGGUUGGCCAAUUUAUAUGAACAAGGUAUAAAUGGUAUUCUUGCUGAUGAAAUGGGCUUAGGUAAGACGGUACAACUGAUCUCCGUUCUUGCUUAUCUUGCUGAGACACAUAAUAUUUGGGGCCCGUUUCUUGUUGUGACACCAGCAUCAACAUUACAUAACUGGCAACAGGAAAUUACGAAAUUUGUUCCUCAGUUCAAAGUAUUGCCUUAUUGGGGUUCAGCGAAAGAUCGCAAAGUCUUGCGGAAAUUUUGGGAUCGCAAACUGUUACGAUACGAUAAAUCUGCUCCUUUUCACGUUUUGGUGACAUCCUAUCAGUUGGUGGUAGCUGAUGCAGCAUACUUUCAAAAGAUGAAGUGGCAAUAUAUGAUACUUGAUGAAGCUCAGGCCAUCAAAUCGUCUCAGCUGUCCCGAUGGAAGACUUUGUUACUGUUUCAGUGUCGCAACAGGCUUUUGUUGACAGGAACCCCAAUCCAAAAUUCAAUGCAAGAGUUAUGGGCACUCUUGCACUUCAUUAUGCCGCUGAUUUUUGAUUCACACGACGAGUUUAGUGAUUGGUUCUCUAAGGACAUUGAAAGCCAUGCUCAAAGCAAUACUACGUUGGAUGAGCAACAGUUACGGCGACUUCACGUUAUUUUAAAGCCGUUCAUGUUGCGUCGUAUCAAAAAGAAUGUUCAACUGGAGCUUGGUGACAAAAAGGAAAUUGAUGUUUAUUGUGAUUUGACGAAUCGACAAAAAAAGUAUUAUCAGAUGUUGCGUUCUCAAAUUUCGGUAAUGGACUUAUUGGAUUCGCUGAGCUCACAGCUGGGUGAUGAUCUGAACCUGUUGAUCAACUUAGUCAUGCAGUUUCGAAAGGUUUGCAAUCAUCCUGACUUAUUCGAGAGAGCUGAUGUUGAUCUGCCGUUUCUGAUGAUAAGCUUCGCAGAGACGGGUUCCUUCCUUCGAGAAACUGAACUUGAAUUGUCUUAUUCUACUGAAAACGCAAUCAAUUAUAAUGUUCCUCGCUUAAUUUAUGAUGAGUUGUUGACUCCUGGAUGGAACAGUCAAACCGUGGACAAAAGUCUUAUCAUCAACAAGAAAUUUAACGUCUGGCUGCCUGAGAAUCGACCAGCUUUACUGUACCUCAACUUGGUCGAUAGUUCGAAUGAAGAACUUCGCAAAGCUUUCGAUACGUCGAUUUUACUCCAAGCAAUCGAAAGGAAACAGUAUACCGACAUCAAUUGGACAAAGGGAUUACGAUUCAAGUACCUUUACGAUGAUGACUUCUUCCCACAACUGCAACUACUUUUGAUAGUCAAUGCUAACUCCAAAAGAAGUGUUAUUGCGAACCUGACUGGUCCGUUGAGUGAGCUCUAUUCCGUGCAUCAAUGCGUUUAUGAUGAACACUACCUAAAUGUCAUGAGGCCGGCUGCAAAGCCCGCGGCUCUGGCUCCCCCAAUUAGAGCCAGAUGCUCCUCCCGUAAUUUUGAAAUUCAGUGGCAGCAUGAACUCUUCAACGAGGAUAUUCGCGCUGCGUUAUUACCAAUAUCAUUGGAAAAGGAGUACGCACUUCAGCAGGCUGGUGUUCCGUUGACGCUUUAUCCUAAGUCUGACAUGCUUCCAAUGCAACUUAAUAAGUUCAACGAUUACUCGGAUAUUCGCAUGCCUUCCAUGAAUCGAUUCAUCACGGAACUGGGCAAGCUUGCUACCUUGGAUAGACUUUUAGUGGAACUCAAAAAGGGCGGUCACCGCGUUUUGCUCUACUUUCAAAUGACUCGAAUGAUGGAUUUGAUGGAAGAAUAUUUGACUUAUCGUCAACACAAAUUCAUUCGACUUGACGGGAGUUCCAAACUUGACGAUCGUCGUGAUCUUGUUCAUGAUUGGCAAACAAAACCAGAAUUAUUUGUGUUCCUAUUAUCCACAAGAGCUGGCGGAUUAGGUAUAAAUUUGACUGCGGCUGACACUGUGAUAUUUUAUGACUCAGAUUGGAACCCGACUAUAGAUUCACAGGCUAUGGAUCGUGCACAUCGUUUGGGUCAAACAAAGCAAGUGACCGUUUACAGAUUACUCAUGCGUAAUACCAUUGAAGAGAGAAUGAGAGACAGGGCAAAGCAAAAGGAGCAAGUGCAGCAAGUCGUCAUGGAAGGUAAAGCUACUCUCAAGCUGGCAAAGCGCGACGAGGAGAAAGCCAAAAAGAAGGACGUUGCGUUUUUAUUGUUGGGUGAAGACGCUCCACUGGAUGAUGCAACGCUGUCUGGUACUGCUACACCUGUUGCAAGCAGAAGAUUGGAGGAGUUGUAUCAUGAAGGUGAAGGUCGCUUUCUGAACACGGGUACACCUGCACCAUGA